ACACACACACACUCUGGGAGUGAGGGGAUGAUCGCAUGAGCAGGAAGCGCUGACCAUACACAGAUAGAGAGAGAGAGAGACAAUCCAGCACUCACUCGUCCAGCUCACACUGAGAGACGGCUGCUGUGCUCUCUCCACACUGUUUUGUGGAAGUACUUUGGAAAAGCGAAGCUCCUCUUAGUUACUUUGCCCUGGGGACGUUUUUGUUUCUUACUCAGAUAAAUUGGGAUAUUUGGCGUGACAUGUUGCCCUCGUUUCUUCGUCUGGCUCCUUUGCUGUGGCUUGAUGAAGGCUGCUGGUGUUCUUCAGAGGGAAUGACUGAGCACUGAGGAACCAGGAUUGCUCGCACGUGUGGGACACUUGUGAAGAAAGCUGCUCAAGAAAACAUAAAGGAAAGAAAGACAAACAAACAUAAAACACUGCUUUGGCGCAAAAUGGAUCUCCCUCCUUUUAGGGGUUUAUCCGAUGUACCCUGAUAUUGGUCCGCCUCGCAGCUCAGCCCUGAAAGAAUGGAUCCAGUACCACCCUUUCGGAUGGACCCUGAAAGCCUGGAUCUUCAGCAGGUCCCUGUUUUGUCCAUUGACCAGAUCCAUGCCAUAAGGGCUAACAAUGACUAUGUGGAACGGCCCGUGGCGCUGGAGCCCGCCACUCAGGUUGGCGUCUUCUACGUGCACGAUGAGCGACAUCCUCCGAUGUCUCGCAGUCAAAGUCAGCAUCAACAUUCCCACUUGGCCUACUUGAGCCGCUCCAGUACCGUGAGCUCCAUGUCCCGUGGGAGCGCUGCUUCGGACCAGAGACUUCUCGCUGGACUAACGCCUUCCCAUUCUGGUCUGGCCACUGUGGUGCGGUCCCAGCCCAAAGGGGACUUGAAACCGGACUCGCUGGGCAAGGGACUGGCUGACAGUGAGGACUUGGGCCUGCAUCUCUUCAUCUGUGAGCGUUGCGGCCACUGUAAGUGCCAGGAGUGCUGUGCCCCUCGUGAUCUGCCCUCCUGCUGGACCUGCGGCCAGCGCUGCUUGUGCUCGGCUGAAAAGUUCUUGGAGUACGGCACUUGCCUGUGCUGCGUGAAGGCUCUGUUCUACCACUGCUCGGCGGACAAGGAGGACAACUGUGCCGACCGACCGUGCUCCUGUGCCCCGGCUCACGCCUGCUCCCGCUGGAGUGCCUUGGCCUUCCUGGCGCUCUGCCUGCCUUGCCUGUGCUGCUACCCUCCUGCCAAGCUGUGCCUCACUUUAUGCCAGCGUGGCUACGAUCGCGCCACACGUCCAGGCUGCCGAUGUAGCAACACCAACACUGUGUGCCGCAAGAUCUCUGCCACCAACCCCGCACCCUUUCGUAAAACCCUGGAGAAGCCUGUAUGACCUUCGAGGAUUGCCGGGAAACACCAACUCUAAACCGAUCAGGCCUCCCUGCGUCGUGUUCAUUAUCAUCCCCAUUUUCUUUGGUAAACCCGUGUCUAUUUAUUUAUUUAUUGGACUUUCCAAGAUAGAGUUGGGUAAUGUGAACCACACGUAACACAGGGAGUAACGCAGAGGCUGUACAUCAUCUAGGCAACAGAAAGUGUGUCCUCUUCAGCCUUACUGAAUGGACAAACUGGUUCACUGUGACUUUAAGAGCCUGACUGUGUAAGUCAAAUCCGUUUGACACCAAAAACACGACUAUUUACGUACUGUAAAUCAGAAAAUUAAGCUCACCUAAGAGGGAUGUGUUUCAAGAGAGGCGGUAAAGAGAGACAUUGUGUGUGUAUGGAAGAAGAAGAAGGGAAUAUGUGUGUGUGUUUGUAUGUGCAUGUGUGUGCAGUCUCAGGUCUUUUAUUUUUAGAGGAGCUACUCUGAAAGAUAAAGUGUCUGGUCAGGUUUCCGGGCCAGGGCCGUCUGACGCCAACCUCGACUCGUUUAGUCUCGGCUGCCCGUUGUACUUUUCCAACUGUCCGACUACGCUGUGGGACCAAACAUCAAAAGGGACUGUCUGUCCACCGAUGAGAUACAAGCCAUUGCUUUGGACAACCUGUGGGACCACGCUUUAGGUUAUCAUCAGAUCCGAGUAGCAUCAGCCAAACGAAGCCGUUGUGGUUACACGAGGCAUGAGCAUCUCUAAAGACUUUGGCCUUUCCCGAGCUUCUCUGGUGUGCCCUGAAUGGAGAAGGGAUUGUAUUGAGACGAGGUAGAAAACCACACAUGGGAACAAGGCGAAACAGAGGCAUCCAAAACUGGGAAGCAAGAUGAAUGAAAUCCGUUUCAAGUGUGCGUGUGUUUUCCCCAAAAAUGCACAUCCUUGUGAUCUCCUUUGCUAUAUUUUUGUAUGUACAUAGAAUUCUUAUUGUAUUUGUAUUUUUAUUCCAUUUGUUUUAAUCUGGUUCUUAUUAUUAUUACCAUUACUUUCUAUUACUGUUGGACAUUAACCUUGUCAGAGACCUGGCUAAUACUUAAGACUAACCAUAAUGCUGAUAUUCUAUUGUGGAGGAGAGGUACUUUUCUCUAAAGAACAGAAACAAUUACUCUGAACUCAUUUAAAAUAUGUUGUGGUGUUCAGACAAGACCUAAACAGCCUGAAUUACCCCCCCCCCCCAAAAAAAAAAAAAAAAAAAAAAAUUAGUUAAAGUCACACACACACUUCCAGAGCCAAUCAUAUGUUUAUCUAACUACUCAAUAUUUACUGGCAUGAGAGUAAAUAACAUGCAUUACUAUCACAGUCUGAAAUAGUGAGAAGAUACCUCUCCUCCACAGUUGCGUCCCAUGAGAACGGCUCCUCUAAGGACGUCUGUGGGGUUUCAGUGUGCAGGUACAUACAAUUUACGAGAAUGCCUAACGGGUGCUGUCCGCCGUCUCUAAGUUAACCACUAAAAGUUCACCAUGUUGUAUUAGUAAGUAUUGCUUUGGUACAAUUGGCAUCUUGUAAGUUGUAAAAGAAUUAAAGGAGAAUAUAUAAAUAAAUAUAUAUAUAUAAAUCUAUACAAAUGAAUCUAUUAUAUAUAUAUAUAUAUAUAUAUAUAUAUAUAUAUAUAUAUAUAUAUAUAUACAUUUUACACUUUUUUGCUGAUAUUAUCAUAAAGCCACAGAUAUUUAUUUAAAUGGUUGCAAGAAAAGCUAUGUAUUUAUUUU